CUAAGCUUUUUAAUCCAUAACCCUAAAAUUAGGGGACAAUUAACUGCUCAUUCAUUGCACCCCAGUCAGCAUGGGGGUGCUGUAAGAGCUCGGGAAUAAUUGUGCCGACCAAUAAGCCUACGGAGAUGCUUUAAUCCUUUCUCCCUCCCUAAAGUGUUCUGGAACCUAUCAUUUGAAUUAGCCGAGUCAGGCAAGGAGGGGGCGGGGAGUCUUUCCGCCCUUCUUAGGAGGGGCUGCAUUGCAGGGGGAGACUGAACAGAUAGACUCUGCCACAGAAGAGGGAGAGGGAGUGAGAAGACAAAGCCGUCAAAGCCCAAACAGCUUUCUUUUUCUCCAGCCCAGAGCAGACGCCGGAGCCCCCCUCCCCCGCCCCGAGGUACUCCUUGCAUCUUUGGAACACACUAGUAAUUCACUGAUAACAGGAAGUUAUGAGGGAUCCUGUGAGUAGCCAGUACAGCUCCUUUCUUUUCUGGAGGAUGCCCAUUCCAGAACUGGAUCUGUCGGAGCUGGAAGGCCUGGGUCUGUCAGAUACAUCCAUCUACAAGAUCAAAGACAGCAGCGCUGGCAAAAUGACCGGGCAAGCAACUGGAGAACAGGAGAAAAACUCCGAAGGCGAUUCCCUCCUUGAAUACAGCACCUUCAACUUCUGGAGAGCUCCCAUUGCUAGCAUCCACUCCUUUGAAUUGGACUUGCUUUAAGCCCAAGACUUCUCUUUCCCAGCACCUGCUGUCACUGUCUUCCCUUUCAAGCCCCUUCCUUUCCACCCUUUCCUAUUAAUCUUGCUCUCUCCCCUCUGUUGUGUUGAGGUGGUGCUGAUUAAUCUGCCAGAGUUGUGUUGUAUUUAUUUAUUUAUUUAUCUAUCUAUUUUAUCAGUUUCUCUCAAAAGUCCUUAAGCCACAAAGAAAAGGGUUUGAGCAAUGGAGUAUUGGAUCACAGG